CUUGUUAUUCUCUCGGUUGCUUCCUGCUAAAACGCUCUUUUUUCUGUUUAAAACCCUAAACCAACCUUGUGCUCUUCCAGCUCUCGUCCUCCUCGUUUGUCUCGCCCUUUCUUUAAACCCCAAAUCUAAGCGAUAUGAGUGUGUCGGUUGAGUUGCUAUCAAUCAAAAACGCUAACCCUAGGAUUAGUUUCAGCGAUGGAAUUGUGAAGAGAGCUCUGUGUACGUCACCGUCUCUGCGGUUCGGUUAUCGUGGUGGUUGUCAAGUUUUGUUUUCAGUCGCAAAUGGACUUGGCGGUGCUUCUCAUUUGCGCCUUCCACGGAGUUCGGUUAAUCGGUCAAUUGUCGUUUUUUCAGCUUCCCACGAGGAAUCGAAGGCGUCGGAAAUCGAAAUAGAGAAGGAGAGUGAGGAUCUCAAAGCUAGUGUUGAAGAAUCGAAUGAAGCCUGGAAACAGACAUUGGAAUCUUUCAAAGAACAAGCUUUAAAAAUGCAGAGUAUAUCACAAGAAGCAUAUGAGAUAUACUCCAAGAAAGCUUUGAUCAUAUUGCAAGAAACUUCAGAGCAGUUGAAAAUCCAAGCCGAAAAGGGUAAACAGGACUUGACUGUUGUAGCGAAGGAACUCAGUGAAGAGGGUAAAGAAUAUCUCACCACAGCUGCAGAGAAUUCUCCUGAAGUUAAGGAGAUCGUGGAAACAUUUACAUCGUCAACUGAUGAUCUGACAGAUGUUUCUAAAAUCCGUGAUUUUCACGUAGGAAUACCAUAUGGUUUGCUUCUUUCUCUUGGUGGCUUCCUUUCCUUCAUGGUAACAGGCAGCUUAUCUGCCAUCAGGUUCGGUGUAAUUCUAGGUGGCACACUUUUGGCUUUAAGCGUCUCCAGUUUAAGAGCACAAAACAGAGGAGAAACAUCUCCCUUAGCCUUGAAAGGGCAGGCAGCUAUAGCGACUAUAAUAUUGUUAAGGGAGUUACGCUUAUUGUCUCAGAGAUUCACAUUUCCAACUUCUGUGACAACCCUCAUUAGUGCUGCAGUGGUAGCAUUCUAUGUAUAUAAGAUUACUGGUUAUGGCCAGUGGAGAAAAGGAUCAGGCUCAGAAUCUGGGGCAGAGAAUUGAUCCGAUAGUUCAAGUUGCAGAAACAAAGAGAACUCUACUUCCUGCAUAUGCUCCAGGUAGAAGAGUGAUUGAUCCAGCGUUAGCAGUUAGCACAAAGUAGACUGGAGAUUUCUGGAGCAAAAAAUACUUUAUGCUAUUGGAGAGUGGUGCAUGCAGAAGGAUUUCUAGGCCCUUAUCACCAGUAAUUCGAGUGCCCUUUUUACUGUUGUAAAAUUCAAGGUAGACGAUAUGGUGGAAAGGAGUCAAUAAUAUUCCAGUAGGCAGUUUUUUGUUUUGAUGCUACAAAAAUCAUAAGGUGUUUUCUCCCCUUGGGUUAGAUUCACGGGUAACUUAUCAACUGUUUGCAAUUGCAAGUAUAAUGAAUGGGAAAAGAUGCUGCAGACCAACAUAUUACCAGUUUGUGAA